UGGAGGGGAUUGCUAUCAAAGAAUAAAAUUUUAGUGUACUUCUGUAGUUUGUGUAGCUGUCAAGAAAAUGCAGACUGACGAAAAGGACGAAAGGAAACCUUUACUUCAAAACGAAAGUAGAGGAAAUUAUGGAAACAACGGCGGAGAAUAUAUAUCAGGCGGCGGAGGGCAAGCGGCCACAGUAUCACCGAUCGGCCCCGAUGAGUUGCCCCCACCCUACCAGGCAGCACUGCAAGGGGGUCCGAUGGUCACGUGUAGAGUGUGCCAGGCCAUGAUAGAUGUGAGCGGCAAAAAGGACCAACACGUUGUCAAAUGUAACACCUGCAACGAGGCCACCCCGAUACGUAACGCGCCGCCUGGUAAGAAGUACGUGCGCUGCCCCUGCAACUGCCUGCUAAUCUGCAAGUCAUCGUCGCAGCGUAUUGCCUGCCCACGACCCAACUGCAAGCGGAUCAUCAACCUAGCGCCCAGCCCCGUCACCCCUCCUGUGCCCAACCAGCCGGGCCUGUGUCGUGUCAGCUGCGUACACUGUCAUGAUACCUUCCUGUUUAAUACACUGACCAACGCACUGGCACGGUGCCCUCACUGUAGGAAAGUAUCAUCUGUAGGCCCCGACUUUGCACGUGGAAGGGGAAUAUUCUUCAUCAUCGGUGGUACCAUCAUGCUGUUGCUGGCCAUUGGUGUGACGGCGGGCAGUUAUGCCUACGCUCUACACAAUGGUGGAUACUAUGUGGCCUAUGUUGGAGCGUUUAUCAUUGCUCUGCUUUGCUUCUUCCGCAGUGCGUACUACUGCACCAUGAAGGUUAGCGUGAUCGACGGCCCUAUGUAAACAUUCCAUAUCACGGUAUAUAAAUAAAAAAAAAUAUUGUAUUAAAUAUAUUACACCCAAUAUUAUGUUAUAUUACCCAAUACACAUUGUUAUUUGCAUUAUAGUUAAUGCCAGGUACAUUAUGUUGUUUUCCACAUAGCUGUUACGUUGUGUUUCGAAAACAAUUGUGCACUGAUGUCAGUUAAAACACAAAUUUCAUUGUAAUACUCUCCCCGAUGAUGACAUAUAUAGUGAUUAUAAUAUUUUGGUUCUCAAUGUUUGUCCAUAAAUAAAGCACUAUUUUGUGAUAAGUUCAAUAGUUUAGUAGGUUUUUAUCAGUAGACUGUGCCUGAACCUGUAUGUUGUAUAUUGCUGUUAUAUUUGAUUAUUAUUUUGCAUUAUAAAAAGGUUUCCAAGCUGU